GUGGCCUUUCCAUCCUCUCUGCUCGUUCUCCGGAUGUGGACGAAUGAACUUCCUCUCCCUUCUUUCUCUCUCCUCUCUUUCUCUUGCUCUCUCUUCCCGGCUCGGCGGCCGUUGACUGCAGCAGGAAAGAAGCAAGAUGGCGGCGGCGGGUGGCGAGUGCGACGUGAUUAUGGCGCCCGCGGCAGCGGUGUCGGCUCCGCAACCUGAGGCGCCGGGGAUGCUGAGCGACGACGAUGAGGACGCGGGGACGCGCAGAGAAGCAGAGUCCUUCAAGGAGCAAGGAAAUGCCUUUUAUGCUAAGAAGGACUACAAUGAAGCAUACAACUACUAUACAAAAGCCAUAGACGCAUGUCCAAGCAAUGCCAGUUACUAUGGAAACCGAGCUGCCACCCUCAUGAUGCUUGGCAGAUUCCGGGAGGCACUGGGGGAUGCCCAGCAGUCUGUCAGGAUGGAUGAUAGCUUUGUGAGGGGACAUCUAAGGGAGGGAAAGUGUCACCUGUCUCUGGGGAAUGCCAUGGCCGCCAGUCGCUGCUUCCAGCGAGUUCUAGAACUGGAUCACAAAAACGCACCGGCACAACAAGAGCUGAACAACGCCAGAACUGUCCUAGAAUAUGAGAAAAUAGCCGAAGUUGACUUUGAGAAACGGGAUUUCCGAAAGGUUGUCUUUUGCAUGGAUCGUGCCCUGGAGUUUGCCCCCGCCUGCCACCGGUUCAAAAUCCUCAAAGCAGAAUGCUUAGCACUGCUGGGUCGCUAUCCCGAAGCACAGUCAGUUGCCAGUGACAUCUUGCGAAUAGACUCCACAAAUGCCGAUGCCCUCUAUGUCCGAGGGCUUUGCCUUUACUAUGAGGACUGCAUUGAGAAAGCUGUUCAGUUUUUUAUUCAGGCACUCAAAAUGGCUCCUGAUCACGACAAGGCCUGUCUCGCUUGCCGUAAUGCCAAAGCACUGAAAGCAAAGAAAGAUGAUGGCAACAAGGCUUUCAAGGAAGGGAACUACAAGCUAGCCUUUGAACUUUAUACCGAGGCCCUGGCGAUAGAUCCAAACAACAGGAAAACCAAUGCCAAACUCUACUGCAACCGCGGGACCGUUAACUCAAAGCUUAGGAAGCUAGACGAAGCAAUAGAAGACUGCACAAAUGCUAUCAAACUGGACGACACGUAUAUCAAAGCAUACCUGAGAAGAGCGCAGUGUUACAUGGACACAGAACAAUAUGAAGAUGCUGUGAGGGACUAUGAAAAGGUUUACCAGACAGAGAAAACAAAAGAACACAAGCAGCUUCUCAAAAAUGCACAGGUGGAACUGAAGAAAAGCAAGAGGAAAGACUAUUACAAGAUCCUAGGUGUGGACAAGAAUGCCUCUGAAGAUGAGAUCAAAAAGGCGUAUCGGAAGCGGGCCCUGAUGCACCAUCCAGACCGACACAGUGGUGCAAGUGCAGAAGUCCAGAAAGAGGAAGAAAAGAAAUUCAAGGAGGUUGGCGAAGCCUUCACCAUCCUCUCUGAUCCAAAGAAGAAGGCCCGCUAUGACAGUGGGCAGGAUCUUGAGGAGGAUGGCAUGAAUAUGGGAGAUUUUGAUGCCAACAAUAUAUUCAAGGCUUUCUUUGGAGGGCCAGGAGGCUUCAGUUUUGAAGCUUCUGGGCCAGGGAAUUUCUUUUUCCAGUUUGGCUAAACUGCAGAAGAAGCCUGUCUCCUCUACUGAAAUUGACACGUUAUCCGACCUGCUUCUUUUAACCUCAAGUUACGUUCUCCCUUCAUCACAUCUCGCCGUUCCUUAGGGCUGUGGCAUCUUCUCCGUUGGAGACCUCCGUUUUUGUGUGUGUGUGCUUUAGAGUGUGACGAGAAAACCAGCGCUUGGAGGGGGGAGGGGGCAACGAAGGAAUAUACUUCCUUUUUUUUGUUUGUUUUUAUUGUGAACUUUAUUAAAAAAAAAGAGAGAAGAGAGAAAUAAAAUCUUUUGGUUCCUCCAUAAUAAGUCAUUUCAGGCUCCCAAGCGGCUGAGACUUAGCUGAAGGAGCCCUCACCUUCUAAGACAGGCCUAAGACUUACUCAAGCGCAACUGGACACAACACAACGCCAUGUUUGCGUAAGUAAGGGGAACCUGCUUAGGUUUUUCUCACUUCAGUUUCGUCAUCUGGUUGUAGCCACACUGAACCACAGACACAAGGGCGUUCACACACGAGAAACCCAAGCAAAGAAUGAGCUCCCGACAUUGCUCUCUGAGAAAUUUGCCUUUGGGAUAAGGAGAGGACUCCUCUGAAGUUGUUUUGUAAUACCUCCAGUUGCUUCUCAGAUUCUGUUUCAUUUGGGGACAGUUUCUUUCUGCUUCUAGUUUCUUGAGCACUUCAAGGGAAUAGUAAGGGCUGACUCACACAGGAUGUUCGUCACUUGAUGAUGACUCCCAGCUCAACAUGUAAAACUGCCUCCAUUGAAAAGUAUAUUAUGUCCGAGGUAAUGUCAGGUGAUACAAAAUCUUUGUGUGCGGUGUUAGAUCUCCAAUGGCUGUUUCACACAUGCAAAUCAUUAUUUGAUGUUGCAGUUACAGUUCAUACACGCAUGUGCAAAAUCAUCCUAAGUGUUGGAACCUGUCUUUUGACAAACUGGUUGGAAUCUCAGAACGCAUCUUUUGUUGGAAACAUUUUUUCAGAAUUGGCCAGCAACGUUCUCCAACUUUAAAAGAAAAUGAAGAAGCAUCAUCAGGCAUGAUUGGAAUGGUUGUAUAUGUGCCUGUCAGCUGGGUCGUCCUUCCUUGUAUGCUACGAAGGCAUUUGAUGUGUCUCAAGUGCAAGUCUUUGUGCUGAAAGCAGAGUUUAAAAUGUUCUGGGUACAUUUUUGUACUUCUGGAACCUCAGAUUGUGGCCAAGGCUGAGCUGCUUGUCCUGAACAUCUGAUGGGUUGUUUUACAAGAUGACAAUUUGCAGUUGAACUAGUGAAAACCAAAUCACCCUGAACUUGCUGGCUGUCAUGUUGACGUUUAGGUCUAUCCAGUGCUGAUGGUAAUAAAUAUGUUGGCCACACAAAGUAACUUUUUCAGUGAUACCUCAUUCUUUGCUGCGAAAUUGGCUUACUCCUUUUCUCUGCAAUUUCAAGCCAACACUAGCUAGAUUUUUGUCCUGUCCCCUCCAAUUUGUGAUCCAUUUUUACAUUAGCUUUCAAUUUUCACUCUGAAUUGAUAACUUCUUCUGGUGUUAAAGCCCAGUUCAUUGAUACUAUGGUGCUUAAUUCAAAUCAGUUGAAGAAAAAGGCUUGUCACUGUUGAGGUGAACAGCUUUGGACAACUUUCUGCUCAUUACUGACUGCUUAAAUAGUUGAUCUUGGAAUAAAAAGAGAUUGACUAUUUUUUUUAAAAAAAGAAAUUGAAUUGAUUUUCAUUUAAUGUAUUUCCCACAUUUAGUCUUGUGCCUAUCUACGAUUUCCUUCGUCUUAGUUAUCCAGGGUGAGUUGGUAGAAAACAGCAAAAGGUUUAUGCUUUGAUAGACAUCUGUAUGAACUUUUUAGGAACUAUUUCCUGUACAGUAUUUGAAAUUCUGGAAUUUCCAUCGUUGGUCCAGCAUAAGCCAUCAUUUUAAGAGGUGUCCAGAUUGGGGUUUGGCAUUUGUGUGCCACUCUUGAAGUAUGCAGUUGUGGCUCCUGGGAAAUUAAGAAAAAGUUAAUGGUAGUGUUGACGUCCUCUCUUGCCCUCCUUUCUAGCCUUGUACUGCAACAGGGGAUAGUUGAGUGGUAUAGUCCCUGUGGAGUGUGGGGUGGCAGUCUGAACUGAAUUGUGGGGAGAAUAAGAAAAUAAGCAUCAGGAGGGAAUAGCAUGAGCUGUGGGUCUCAGUCACUUAAAGAUCUUUGCAUGUUAACUCCUGGGCUGGGGAAUAUUGGCCACCUCUGGCUUGGACCUCCAUUGGGCAUCCAAAUGUCACUGGUAUUUAUUUCAUUUGCUGAAAUAAAUACUCCACAUUCAGAGGAGUAAAUGGGAUAGUGUUGGUUGUGUGCAGCUUCUCAGCUAAGAUUAACCACAGGGAUGGUAGCUGGCAGGAAAGAAUAUUAAAUCGUAACACUCCUCUUUAUAGUUGCCUUAUGCUGAAGAAAUUCUACCAGCCAAAAAGUUUUCUACAGAGGGCUGGUGCUAUCGGACACAUUGGAAAGCAAGAUUGGAGCAUCCUAUGAAUUUCCCCCUUAGAUGUUUUGUCAGAUUGAAAUGGCUUUGUCUUUAGAUUUUGAAAACAUGGCUUCCAGGAAUGUUGUUAAUACAGUGAAUGUUGCCUGACUUUCUCUGACCGUAGAAGUGUGAAUCAUCUCGAAACUAGCUUUAAAAAUGUCUAAGAAGCUGUUUUCUCCAUGUCUAAAGCAUUUAAAUUCUUUCCUAUCCAAAAGCUAGUGAUAGGAAGAGAUUCCCAGAAUUUGACGUUGAUUGUAAACCUGGAAGCCAAGGAGUGCCAAUGCUUUUUUCUCGGGUUUUUUUGUUGUUUGAUUUGUUUUUUGGCGGGGGGACCCUCAUUCUUCAAUGUUCUGCCUUCUAUUAUGUUUCUGAUUAUUUGAAAGUCGGUCUCUGUCCUCAAGACAGCCACUAAGGAGCUUCUUAGAUUGCAACGGUUUUUGCAUUAAAGCAACAGAGCUUGUAGAAUAUCUUUGAAAAUUAUCCAGAUGUCUUGUGGUAUUUGAAAACCGUGCAUUUCGUUUUUAUCACUGGAUUUUUCUUUUUUAAUUAACAUUGUUGUAGUUACCAAAAGGUUUCUUGCUGAAGGCCCCAAUUCCUCCUCUCUCUGUCUCUUUUGGGGGUCUCAUCUACACAUGCAGCAGAUUGAGGUGGUGGUAGAAUGGGCUGCACCACUCUGGACUGCAGGUGGCGGGUCUGGUUUUUAAAUGCUCCCUUAUAGAAACAACUUGCUGCAAGGAGAGAACUAGCACAGUGGGUACAGAGCUGAGCGAGAACAUUUCUCCUUGUUGGUCUAGGUUUUUUUUAAUGGGAUUUUUUUUUUUAACAUGAGGAGGCAUUAAAAAUUGUUGUAUGCCUGAAAUGGUAAAUUUAACUCUACCUUGUCAUUCUGAGACAUAUGUAGAUUAGACUUUGAUGGGGAGGGGAGAGGAGAGUAACAAACAAGUAAUAAUCAGACACUCUCCAGGCAGGGGGUGGGGGAGGCAGAGAGCCCUAGGGCAGCUUCUGCCUUGCUCAUGACAUUCAGGUCUUGGAACAAAGGAUUAUAGGAAAGGUUGCCAUUUUGUCUCAAUGUUUGAGUCUUUCCCCUAUCCCUUUUCUGUACUCUCACUGAUCAUCUUUCCUUGCAUGUGUUGAGUCCUCUUUACUGUACAAAUAGAUUUAUGAGGAAUACCCAAGUGGAGGACAGAUAAGCCAGCGCUGAAUCUGUUUGAAGAGAGGCUGUCUAGCUCGAAAUAUUCAACAUACCCAGGUUAACCUGAAAAAUCUAGCCUUCCUGUUAAGGAGUUUGUUGCAUGAUCUGUUUUAGAACAGCACCCCACAUCUCCCUCCCUUUCUCCAGGCUUUGUCCUAGGGAUGGCUUCACACAGGGAUAUGUACACUGUCCCACUUGAACCCUUUCACCUUUCUAAGAUGAAGAAUAUUAAAAGAACAAAAUUAAGAUCAGUGACAUUUGUUGGGCAGGAUUACAAUGUGUUUAUAUGCAGAAUUUCAAACCAGACUGAAGCAAAAACCGUAUGCAAUUGAUAUUAACUUUAUUAUAAAUUGUAUAUGAUGUACAAAAAAAAAUAAACACUCCAGAUCUCA